GUCCUGUCCGCCACUAAGGUUGGUUUCCCAUUGUAGAAGGUGGUUUAAAGAGCAAUGUACCGGGGCGCUUUGCACUUUUCGGGCUUGUUUUAGUGAACACAUGGCCACCGGGUCCCCGCUCAGGGCUUUCACGCGUCUGGCGAGCGGAAUGACGCGACGACGCUGCGCCACGUCCCGGAGGAGCGCGAGCUCAGCCCGGUAUACUGCGCUCUUCAUCACUGUACCUCCUCUAUCUUAUCUGGGAUACGAAACACUACGGAAAGCAUCUUGUUCAACUGCGGUGUUUGCACGCGACAAAGCUGUGGAAGUUGUAGAACAAGCUGAUUAUUUAUACAGCUGUGGAGAAACAGAGAAACUUUACCAGCUCCUGUUACAGUAUAAGGACAGCGACGAUGCAGAAUUUCUGUGGAGGCUCGCUCGAGCGUCACGUGACCUCUCGUUGUUGCCGCACAUCACGGCUGACCAGAAGAAAAAACUCACCUACGAGGCAUUCGACUAUGCCAAAAAAGCACUGGAGAAAAAUGAAGCCUGCUUUGCUGCACACAAAUGGUAUGCUGUCUGCUUAAGUGAUUUAGGAGAAUACGAAGGGGUCAAAGUUAAAAUCGGAAAUUCCCUCAUCAUUAGGAAGCAUUUAGAGAGGGCAGUUGAGCUAAAUCCAAAAGAUGCCACUUCUUUCCAUAUUCUGGGAUAUUGGUGUUUUGCCUUUGCUGAAUUGCCAUGGUACCAGCGCAAAGUCGCCGCGGUUCUAUUCGCAUCGCCACCAACUGCGACUUAUGAAGAGGCCUUGGCGUUUUUUCUGAGAGCUGAAGAAGUGGACCCAAACUUCUAUAGCAAGAAUCUUCUGAUGCUUGGGAAGACAUACAGCAUGCUGAAGGACCAGGGGAAAGCUCUUCUUUGGCUUAACAAAGCACGGGACUAUCCUGCCAUUACAGAAGAGGAUAAACAGGUUCACAAAGAAGCACUCGAUCUCCUCAAGCAGCUAAACGGCUGAAAGGAUCCAUCAACACCACAAUUAGCGCCUUAGAUUAUUUCAUUUGCAAUGACCUUAACAGGGAACAAGUAACAUUUUAUUGUAGACAUAAUAAUAAUAAAGUGUCAGUAAUUUAAAUAAA